AAGUAUAGCCAAUCUCUUUCAGCAUUGAUAUUUUAUAGGUUUUAAUAAUAUAUAUUUAUGAAUGUAUAAAUGGCUGGGAGAGGGCGUGGUCGUGGAAGAGGAAACCUUUCAUUUGAUAUAGGUCAUUUGGGUUUAUCUGGACAGUCUCUUCCAAGAGUAACACUUGAGCCGCCACCUACUUACCCUCCUCUUCAACAACGACCAACUCCUUUAAGUGCUACUGAAGUUGAUGAAUAUUUGCUCGCGUUAAGUCAAGAAUUUCGAGGAAGCAUCAGAGACUCACCGUUUUUCUUAAAAGCAAAAACAAUAAAGAAAGACAUUGUUCGAUUCACUGAUCGUUAUAAACACAACCAAAAUCCAGAUGAUAACCAGUGGGAACCAGAUUGGAGUCGACUUCCUGCAGAAUUAAAACCCUCACGUAAAAGAAAAACAGUAAAUAAAGGAACUAUUAAACCAAAAAUAGCAAAACAACAUCGACCGGAAGUUAAUAAAGAAGAGUUGUCGAAAAAAUUGGAGAACCUUGAAGCUAAAGAAGUUGUAGAAAACUCGAAGGAAAAGAACGAAGAAGAAGAAGAAGGAGAGGAAGUAUACGAAGAAGCGGAAGAAGAAUUUGAAGACGACAAUGACUACAAUUUUGAUUACUAUAAUGAUGGUGGAGAUAAAUAUGGCGACGAUGAUGAUGGAGAAGAGGGGCCUGUGUACUAAAUGUGACCAUUUAUUUUCUCAAAUGAAGUGUGACCACGGAAGCUUUUGGUGAAGAUUUUUGAACCCAUUACAAAAGGAUUCAAGAACAUGAACUAUAUUUUAUUUGAUAGAUUUCAAGCAAGUCAAAAUUAUGUCUUAUGGACGUUGUAAAAUGAUGACAUUACUAUGAACUAUCGAAAGUCAUUUUUAAUAUGAAUAUAAGUCCUUUAUUGUUUUUGUUAAA